AUGAAGUCAAUUGAUUUUAUAAAAUUGCCACUGUUGACAAUUGCCGUAAAGGGUUUGGCAAUGACAUAUAGUUUGAAUGGUGAAAAAGCUUAUCAUAUUGUCGCAAACUGGCUGUUGCCAUUGGGAUUUGUAAAUACAAUGUUGAAUGGUUACGGCCAAUAUACAGUGAUGAUGGAAACGAUUAAUGAAGGUUUAUCGGUUUAUGGUAGACAUUUGUAUCCGUUAUUUUACAUAACAUCAUUAGUGCCGAAAAUUUUUACGCUCCUACUCAAACGACAUAAGCUCAAUCGAUUAUUACUCAUGCUUGACGAUAAUAUGCCAUGCAGUGAGCAGCAACGGCAAGAAUAUCGCAUUGAUGAGUAUUACAAAAGGAUAAAUCGCUUAACUCGCAUUUGUGUCAUUAUUUCUGUGUUUGCAAUCAACUAUGCAAGUUUCAGUCCAACCGUUGUCGCAUAUUAUAAAUCGAAAACCAAUGAUGAACAUUUUGAGAUGCAGUAUCCGUAUGAACCGUAUCGAAUCUAUCCGAAGCAACGUAUUUUCUUUCCAAUUUUCUUCUUUUCACAAUGCUAUGAGGCUGCUAUCAACAUUGGCACAAUUAAUGCCAUCAAUUUUAUGAUGUAUGGCAUUAUAUUUUUGAUUGAUAUGCAUUAUAAGCAUUUGGCCAAGAAAAUGACCACAUAUGAUGGAUCCAUUCAAGAUGACCGCAAUGAUUAUCAGCACUUAAUUUGGUGCAUUAAAAAACAUAAUCAAUUGAAUGGGUUUAUUCAUCAGCUUAACGAUAUUUUUUCAAUCGCAUCGCUUGUUAAUCUAUGCUGUAGCACGUCCAUUUUGGUUUUAUUCUGUUUCAUGGGCACAAAUGUGACUUCGUUAAAUGAUUUGAUUCAAUAUUUGAUGAAUGCAUUUUCAUCCAUAGUGGAAUUGUUUGUGAUGUGCUGGUUUUCACAGAAAAUCCGAAAUAGUAGCUCAGAAAUACCACAAAGUGCUUACGAUAGCAUUUGGUAUACAAAAAAUACACGUUUUCAAAAUGGAAUCACUUUGAUUAUUCAGAAUAAUCAGCGACUUCUUAGUUUGGAAGCUUUUAAAUUUGCCGAUCUUUCGAUGGAACGAUUUUUAAGCGUCAUGCAAUUAUCUUAUCGAUUGUUGGCCUUGUUGAACAACAUGAAUGAAUAA